AUUCAGUUAAUGAGAAACUCCAGCUUGGGAAAGAGGCAACGUGCUGGCUGCUGAGAGGCUUUCGCUCUGCAGUGGGACGGGAAAGGGCAGGAAACCCCCCGGGUGUGAAGAGCCGAGCCGGGGGCUGAGGGCUGCAAGCAGACCGUGGGACCAUGGCCAAGCUGGUGGAAUGCGUCCCCAACUUCUCAGAGGGGAAUAACAAAGAGGUGAUCGAUGCAGUGGCACAGGCCAUCUCCCGGACACUGGGAUGUGUGCUGCUGGAUGUUGAUGCCGGCGCCUCCACCAACCGCACUGUCUACACCUUUGUGGGGUCCCCUGAGGCCGUGGUGGAAGGGGCAUUGAGCGCAGCCCGUGUGGCUGGGCAGCUCAUUGACAUGAGCCAACACUCAGGUGAGCACCCUCGGAUGGGGGCCUUGGACGUCUGUCCCUUUGUGCCAGUGAGGAAUGUCAGCAUGGAGGAGUGUGUCACUUGUGCCCACAUCUUUGGGCAGCGCUUGGCAGCAGAGCUGGGUGUACCUGUUUACCUGUAUGGAGCGGCAGCACGGCACGAGAACAGGAAAGCCCUGCCUUCCAUCCGUGCUGGGGAGUACGAGGCGCUCCCUGAGAAGCUUGCAAAACCAGAGUGGGCUCCUGAUUUUGGGCCCCCAACUUUUGUCCCCCGGUGGGGAGCCACAGUGACAGGUGCCCGGACCUUCCUUAUUGCGUACAACAUCAACCUGCUGUGCACCAAGGAGCAGGCUCAUCGCAUCGCCCUCAACAUCCGUGAGCAGGGCCGCGGCCCCAGCCAGCCUGGGCGCUUGAAGAAGGUGCAAGGCAUUGGCUGGUAUUUGGAGGAGGAGAACAUGGCCCAGGUUUCAACGAACCUGCUGGACUUUGAGACCACGCCGCUCCACACUGUCUACGAGGAGAUCUGCCGAGAUGCACAGGAAUUGAAUCUCCCUGUGGUGGGGUCUCAGCUGGUAGGGCUUGUUCCCAAGAAGGCCAUUCUGGAUGCAGCUGACUUUUACAUCAAGAAGGAAAAACUCUUCAUACUGGAGGAGGAACAGAAGAUCAGGCUGGUGGUCAGUCGUCUGGGUCUGGACUCCCUGUCUCCAUUUCACCCUCGGGAGCGCAUCAUCGAGUACUUGGUGGAGGCAGGAGACGUGGGCAGGGGGCUGGUGGCCAAGCCACUGGGUGCCUUUGUGCGAGCGGUCGGAGCAAGGUCAGCAGCGCCAGGAGGAGGCUCCGUGUCUGCGGCUGCGGGAGCCCUGGGAGCAGCACUGGGCAGCAUGGUGGGGCUGAUGAGCUACGGGAAGCGGCAGUUUGAGGACCUAGACUCCAUCAUGAGGAAGCUGGUCCCCCCUUUCCACCAGGCCAUGGAUGAGCUGGUGGCAAUGGUGGAUGCUGACUCCUGUGCCUUCAACAGCUACAUGGAAGCCAUGAAGCUGCCCAAGAACACCCCUGAGGAGCGGGAGAGACGCACAGCUGCCAUGCAGCAGGGGCUGAAGAUGGCCGUGGGGGUGCCCUAUGGCCUGGCAGAGAAGGUGAAUGGGCUCUGGCCUGCUCUGAAGGAGCUGGCACAACACUGCAACCUGGCCUGCAAAUCUGACAUCCAGGUGGGAGCCAAAAUGCUGGAAGCGGCAGUGUUUGGAGCUUACUUCAAUGUCAUUAUCAACCUCAAGGACAUCACAGACGACAAGUUCAAGCUUGUGAUGUCACAGAAGGUGUCUGGGCUGCUGGAAGAGGCGAAGCAAGGCUCGGCAGUUGUGCUGGCACUGCUGGAAAAGCGGGUGGCCUGAGAAAGGCUUGGGAGCGCUCCGGGGGUUCUGCAGUGGCAAAUACAGCUGGGAAAUACUCUUGGCCUUGCCUAGGCUUGGCAAGGUAUUCAUCUCUGGAGGGCUGUGUGAAAAGCACAUUCACUCUCCUGUGAAAACUUAAAAAGUUUAAUAAAGGACAAUAGGAGACAAGAA